AGCCGGGGCGUCGACGCGGGCCAUGCCGGACCAAGUAGAUGUCUUGCUCCAUCCAGAUAGCGAAGUAUUUGACAGGGAGCAUAUACAGAAGAGGAGCGAGGCGGUGGCGGAAGCUCUACCGAGUCAAUGGACACAUCUUCCAAGCGAAAAGGUUUAAUAGACGCGCCUUCUGUGCCUUCUGCCAGGAUCGGAUAUGGGGCCUCGGGCGGCAAGGCUUCAAGUGCAUCCAGUGCAAGCUGCUGGUGCACAAGAAGUGCCACAAGCUGGUCCAGAAGCCGUGCUCCAACGAGCACGUGGACCCGGUCGAGGUUAAGGAUGACGCUAACGGGGAAAGCACGCUCGGACGGGCCUCUUCUGUCAGGUCGAGGGCAGAGCCCGAGCCUCCGCUGCCGGAGACGCCGCCGGCGCCGGCGCCCGCCAGCCUGCUGCCCCGCGAGGACCUGGAGCCGGGCUCGCAGCGCCAGUACUCGCUCGAGGACUUCGAGCUGAUCCGGGUCAUCGGCCGCGGGUCAUACGCCAAGGUGCUGAUGGUGGAGCUGAAGCGAACAAAACGCGUGUACGCCAUGAAAGUCAUCAAGAAGGCCCUGGUGACGGACGACGAGGACAUCGACUGGGUGCAGACGGAGAAGCACGUGUUCGAGACCGCCUCCAACCACCCCUUCCUGGUGGGGCUGCACUCCUGCUUCCAGACGCCCAGCCGGCUGUUCUUCGUCAUCGAGUUCGUGAGGGGCGGGGAUCUCAUGUUCCACAUGCAACGCCAGCGACGUUUACCAGAGGAGCACGCGCGGUUCUACGCGGCUGAGAUAUCCCUGGCGCUGCACUUCUUGCACGAGCGCGGCGUCAUCUACCGCGACCUCAAGCUCGACAACGUGUUGCUGGAUCACGAGGGGCACAUCAAGCUCACCGACUACGGCAUGUGCAAGGAGGGCGUCCGACCCGGCGACACGACAUCGACUUUCUGCGGGACGCCCAACUACAUUGCGCCCGAGAUUCUCCGAGGCGAGGAGUAUGGCUUCAGCGUGGACUGGUGGGCGCUUGGAGUCCUCACAUAUGAGAUGUUGGCUGGACGCUCGCCCUUCGACAUCGCGCAGGCUGCCGAUAACCCCGACCAGAAUACUGAGGACUACCUUUUCCAGGUGAUCCUAGAGAAGACGAUCCGUAUCCCCCGCUCGCUGUCGGUCAAGGCGGCGUCGGUGCUGAAGGGCUUCCUCAACAAGAGCCCGGUGGAGCGGCUCGGCUGCGGCGAGAACGGCUUCCUGGACAUCGUCAACCACCCCUUCUUCAAGAGCAUCGAGUGGGAGAUGCUGGAGCAGAAGCAGGUGGUGCCUCCGUUCAAGCCGCGGCUGGAGGGCGAGCGCGACCUGGCCAACUUCCCGCCCGAGUUCACCGACGAGCCCGUGCACCUCACGCCCGACAACGACACGGUGAUCGCCGACAUCGACCAGUCGGAGUUCGAGGGCUUCGAGUACGUGAACCCGCUCCUGAUGUCGCUGGAGGAUUGCGUGUGACAGCACGCCUGCCUGCUGCACCCCUACCACGACCCAAUGCAGGCGUACGGCUACGGGGGCGGCGGCGGGGAGUCGUCGUCGUCGGACUACGACUCGGUGUGCUCGGAGCUGCCGGCGCGGCGCCCCACGCUGCUGCAGCACAUGUUCUGCCUACCGCUCAACUGACGCAAGCCGCGGCCGCCUCCGCCCGCGGGACCAAACGCAUUGUCUUAACGCUAUAUUCUAACGGUACGGUGCUUGAGCGGGGAUUUUGUGCCUGG